CAGUCUCUAUGUGGAUCAUCAACAGAUUACAGGAUAUAUCGGAGAAAACAUAAACAUUAGAUGUCACCACAGGAACUCUGGAGGAAUGAAGUGGUGCAGGCUGGGCAGGAACUGUGUGACAGGAUCAUCUGGAUCCAUAGAUGGAACAACAGUGACCACUCAUAUGACAGAGCCAAAUGUUUUCACAGUGACCAUGAGUGGACUAAAGCCAGAGGACAGUGGCUGGUAUUGGUGUGCUGAAGGAGACAUUCAGAUACCAGUACAUUUAACUGUUACUGAGAAACUGAUCACUAGAGUUCACAGCAUAACUACAGUCAGUAAAGUAUCAGUAACAGCUGGAAAGUCUGUCUCCAUCCCAUGUCUCUAUGAGUCCCAAUACAAAGAUCAUAUGAAGUACUUUUGUGAAGGAUAUCAUGAGAACCGCUGCAACUACAUAAUUACAGGAUACAUUGGAGAAAACAUAACCAUUAGAUGUCACCACAGGAACUCUGGAGGAAUGAAGUGGUGCAGGCUGGGCAGGAACUGUGUGACAGGAUCAUCUGGAUCCAUAGAUGGAACAACAGUGACCACUCAUAUGACAGAGCCAAAUGUUUUCACAGUGACCAUGAGUGGACUAAAGCCAGAGGACAGUGGCUGGUAUUGGUGUGCUGAAGGAGACAUUCAGAUACCAGUACAUUUAACUGUUACUGAGAAACUGAUCACUAGUAAGUACUGCAAGGGGUCAUAA